UGGUGCGAAGGUCUCCGCCAAGGCUUCGCUGAAACGAAAACGUCAUACCCCACAAUCCAUCAGGAGUUGAAAGCAGUAGCAUGCGCACGGGUAGAGGCGGAGCUGGUAUAUAAACACGAGCUCCCUCUUCUUGAGCGGCACACUGGACACUGUUGUGACGGCGGAACGCAGUCUCCGGGUGAACGAUAACUCUGACAGCAUCGAAACAGUUAAUGGUAGUUAGCGACAGUUGCUCUGACAAACCCUUGGAGGAGUAACAAGUGUUUACUGUUCGGAAGUUUACUUUUACUUUGCGCGCGUUUGUUUACAAACGCAAACAACCUCAAAAGUUUCUUUAGUGAUUACGCGAGAUUGUAGAAUAUUUUUGUUCAAAUUAACGUCUUUUUAACGAACUUUUAAGCUCAGUCACGGGAGCAUGAAUAUCAUCUAAAAUGUGCUAAAGUGGAGCCAUAGGAGCGGAACACCAGGAUGACAGAGCCAGAGGAGAAGACCCAUCACCUGAAAACUUCAGCCAGCCCUUCAGGUGGGAGCAGUGGAGACGCGUUGGAGCAUCUCCCAGCUAGAAACCAUGAUGGACCACAAAACGGCGACAGGGGGCGACAGAGCGAGCAUAAGCAGCAGCAGGAGCAGCGGGCGGAGAACUGCGAGGAUAUCAACACAGACAAGUUACGGCAAAUGAAAGGCGGGCAGAGGGAGGUGUGCCCUGGGUUAGCAGCCGGAAACGAGCUCCAGAAGUGCCCGAUUUCAACUCAGCCUCAUCAGAAACCCAGCAUCCAAGGAGAGGCAGGAGACCACCACACCACACAGGGGAAAAACGGCCAAGACAGACGGCUGCAGGUACAAGUGGAUAGUUUGCACAUCGACUCUGAUACGGGUUUAGAUGCGCGUCUGGGCAAGAAGAGGCACAGGCGCAGGACCUCCAAGAAGAAGCGCCACUGGAAGCCGUAUAACAAACUUUCCUGGGAGGAAAAGAAAGCCCUGGAAGAGAGGGAGACUGCCAGGGCUUCGCGCAUAAGAGAGGAAAUGUUCGCCAAAGGGCUCCCGGUUGCCCCUUACAACACCACUCAGUUCCUGAUGGACGAGCACGACCGAGAGGAACCCGAUCUCAACACCCAGAUGGGGGUCAGGCGGCCUUCUGGGGUCGGGGUUCGCAUGGAGGACAGUGGCAGCGAGGAUGAGGUCUUGGAAAACGAGGACCAGGACUAUGAUGACGGCAGCGGCGGGGGCAGCGACGGCAUUGGGAGGCCCGGGAACGCGGGUGGAGAGUUCCUCCAGAGAGACUUUUCCGAGACCUACGAGAUGUAUCACGUCGAGAGCCUGCAGAAUAUGACCAAGCAGGAGCUGGUGAAGGAGUACCUGGAGCUGGAGAAGUGCAUGUCCCGGCUGGAGGAGGAGAACAACCGGCUGAGACGCGCCGUGGAGCCCGGGGGUCAGAACUGCUCGGUCCGGGUCGAAGAGAUGGAGAAGGAACUGGAGAGACUGAAAGCCCAAAACAUGGAGCUGCUCCUGAAGAGCCAGCCCAGCAAGGACAGGGGCCAGGUCGCUACAAAUUAAAAUCCUUUGGAUAAGAAACUGAACAAGAAGAACUUGCAGCUAAUUGGGCCAUCCUUUCAGAUACUGUUUUGCAAAAAAAAAAAGAAGAAAAAGAGACUUCAGCGUGAACAUUUUAACAGUUGUGUGUUAACCUUUUAGUUCCAAUAAAAAAAAAAUGAAGUUCUGAA